UGUUUGUCUGGUUUGUGCAAGCAGGAAGCAAUAAAUGUGAUUGAAAUCCAUUCUGUGAAAGUGGGUGAGUGUGCUUUGACCUCUCCUGCAUCACAGGCAUCCCAAGCACCUACAUCUUUCAGUACAAGCAUGUCACCCAGCCAGAGGUGUGUGUGUGGGCUCACCAACCCAGCUCUCUGCCUCCACCAAGCUAAAGCUGGUAUAGAUUUAUGGUACAGCAGAUAUCCCUAUAAAGCCAGGCCAUACCAGACCACAUCCCGUAUGCUGGGCAAGCCUGCCAUGUACCUGCAUGCUGGACAAGAGGAUACAUGAGCGUUUUCUGCAUGUGACAAGCUGGGACAUGAUGGAAGAAUCCCAUUGAUCCUGCUCCCUUUGCUCUGGCCAUCCCCACUUGGUUCCCAGGGCCUGUCUCAACAUGCAAGCCUUGAAGGAAUGUUCCCCCACUUGGUCUUUUCCUUCCCUUUCAGCCUCCUCUCUGUGUUUUUUGUCAGAAGCUAUUCACCCAACGUGGACAAAGGCUUCAGCUGCCCAGAAACCACACAAGUAUGUGCCUGAGGAAUUCAGGAGCAGUCUCUGCGGGGCAUCUCUUUGCCUCCUUCCAUAAAGCUUGCUGCCAGACCCCCCUGCUUUAGGGACUGAGCAGUUGGCAUCUCCCCACAUCCCUGCUGCUUGUUCACUUUGAGCAGAGCAGCACCAGGAUGGGCUGCCGGGAUGGACAGACGGAGGCACGCAGGUUUUAAACCGGUUGGGCUGAGGCUUGUCCUUCCUUUAGCAGCUCUCGAGGGUGAGGGAAGGGAGGUGAAGGGGUCCGACAGGCUCUGAAAACAGGAAAAGGCAGUUCAGGGAAAGAUUGGAUCCUGCUGGAAGCAGCCUGGGUGCAGGGUGGCAAAGGAACGCUGGGUGCAGCCCACAGCUUGGGGUCAGCACCCAAACCUGCAGUCCUUUUGGUGAAGCCAUGGAUGAACGCAGCGCGCUACGAGUUCAAAGGCAAGAAGUUUCCUGGGAAGCUUUCUUCUUCCUCGUUGUUUGCUGUUUUCUCUUCUGGACUGAAUGCUGCUGUGCCACCAGGGUUAAGAUCAGGGCAGCGGUUUGGGUUUGUGCAGUACCUGCUUUCUUGGCCUGCGUGCUCAGAAGGUGGUUUGUGAGGCUGCCACAGCCUGCAGCUGGGUGGGUUUUGUGUUUUGGGGUUUGUUUUACGUAGCUGCAUGUAAGCUUACUGCUUAUUUUCACAUGUUGUGUUCCACGGUGAGUGCAAGCUGCUCCAUCAGGAAGCUCCAGAGGGAAGCUUUGCAGUGGUGCAGGUGACCAGAUGCAGUGCAAAGCCUCCUGGUUGCUUGAGCUCUCUGGUCUUGGCCAAUUUCUGCCCUGCAAAAUGCAGCUCCCUCACCCUGCCCAGAUGGAAAACAAGCCUGCUAGGGCCUCUUGCAAGUCAAACACCAUCUUGUAACCAUAGCCCAGAAGGCAAACAUACCUGGGCUAGCACAGAGAAUAAACAGAAGGCCUUUGGGUAAAGCCUCCAGUCCUUAAAGGUUUGGGUUGAAAUGCAUUUUGAGGCUUGGUGGCAAAGAAAUGCCCCAUGCAGCAAAAAGGACCAAUUUUUAACACAGCCAAAUCUGAUCUGAAAUGAAGCAGCAGCAAAUCCUGACGCACAGGGACCUGCUCUGAAUGUGAAGCUGCUGCCUUGCUCAGCUGGGCACAGUUUUACCCCAUGAUAGGUUAUUGAUUAGAUUUGCCCUCCAGCUGUUUCCACCAGCUGUGGGACUCGAGGUGAUCCCUGGAAAAUCAUUCCCUAGGCUGAUCGAGUGUUACUGGGUUUACCAUGUGAGAGAGGCUGCAGAGCUCACCGAAAUGAUAUUGCGUGCUGGGGAAAGGCAUCCAGGAUGAAAACGUAACAGUCAGUGGAGGAAUCUGCUCAUGGAUAGAGUGAUGCAAAAAUCAGAGUGGGACCUGAAGUGCAAGAUAGACCAGGAAAGCAGCAAGAGAGAGUUCCUGACCCACCAGUCCCACCUGAACGAAACGCACUGCGUGCACUGCCUACAGCCCUUCAAGUUCCUGCUGAACAGCAAGCGGCAGUGCCUGGAUUGCCGCUUCUACACCUGCAAGAGCUGCAGCCGCUACAACAAGAGGGAGCAGGGCUGGGUCUGUGACCCCUGCCGCCUCUCCAGGGUGGUGAAGAUCGGUUCUCUUGAGUGGUACUACGAGCACGUGCGCUCCCGUUUCAAGAGGUUUGGAAGUGCCAAGGUGCUGCAGUCCCUCUACGGCAGGCUGCAGCCAGGGCAGAAGGGGAAUUCAGCUCUUCUAGGUCUUCAUGACAGAGUUUACAGCCUGCCAGACAUCAACAGUGAAUACCAGCUCCCUGCCAAUGGUGGCACUGGGGACGACAGUGAUGAUGAGGAUGAUGCACUCCAUGGAGCUGAAGCAGAGUGCUACAACAGAAUGCGCAAGACAAAGCGCCUGCUGUCCGUGCACCCCUUUGAUUUUGAGCUGGACUCGGAGUACUCUGCCCAGUCUCGCCGUCAGUCUGCCCAGCUCUCUCCAAUGGCCAUCAGCUCUGAUGCUUUCCAGUCCUUCCCAGAUUUCUCUGGCCCAGCUGAGGAUGCUCCCCGAGAGACCCGGCUGGAGGAGGCUGACCUGGCAGCUGUAUUCCACAUCUUGAGGGAGCAGGAGCAGCACCUCAGCCCUCCGGAGCAGCACUUCAGCACAGAGGUUCGACUCACGCUCAAUGCACGCAGACGGAGCCUGGACAGAGGUUCAAAGCCUGGCAGCCCCUGGAUGGAGCAGCCCCGGUCCCCCUACUCUGCAGACAUGGACACCUCCGAUGAGGAUGUGAAGGGAGCCCCAAAGCUCGCUGCCUGCCUGCCUCACCACCUGAAACGCCAGAGCAGAGCCUCCUCCCAGGAGAACAUCAGCCACAACUCGGGAAGUCAGAUUCAUGAGCUCAACAAACGCAUGUCAGUGAUUGAACGCAUGCUGAACCGCUUGGAGGAAAAAAUCCUGGUGCGCUCUGCUGAGUCUCCGGCCACAGAGUCCCAGCUUGAUCCUGAUGCUGAGGAGGAGGAGUUGAAGAGGAAGCUGGAGGAGUUCACCAGCAACAUCAGCGACAGAGAAGUCUCUUCUGAAGAAGAGGAGCGUGAAGAAAGGAAGGGAGUGAAGAGACCUGAGAUGAGCUCCUCCAGCGAUGACAUGGCCAGUGAAGCUCGAAAGAGGUCCUCAGCUCAGGCUUUGAGUGAAAUCACGGCCAAAGCACUGAGAGCCAUAAAUGCCACGGAGAAAGCAGUCUCUGAGUCACUGCAAGGACAGAGCUGGGGCAGUAGUAGCUGUGCCCUGCAUCUCAGCAUGGAGGAUGGGAAAGAGACGGCUGAAGCAUACCGUGAGCUUGAGGAAAAUGUCUAUCUAGCUGCUGGGAAGGCCUAUCAGCUGGAAACAACCCUGUCAGAGCUCGAGGAAGGGGCUCGGCACUGCGGCACGACCGACUCGGAGCUGUCGGAGCUGGAGGACAAAGUGGCCUCGGCAGCUGCACAGGUACAGCAGGCAGAGAGUGAGAUAUCGGAUAUUGAAUCUCGAAUCGCGGCUCUGUCUGCUGCGGGGCUGACGGUGAAGCCGGUGGAAAAGGCAAGGAAGAAAUCAAAUGGGCAGGCCUUCCACCUCUACUCCCCCAACCCCACCAGCAGCCCAGGGGAGUCUUUGGAUGAUGUUAAGGCAAUGUCUGGGCCCCAGGUCCUCAGGAGGAGGUUCAACAGCCCCUUUGAAAUCACUGGCUUCGAUGACUCCUUUGACCGCAACUCAGUUUACCGCGGCUCGCUGACGCAGAGGAACCCCAAUGGGAAGAACAGGAGAGUGGAGCGUCUCUUUGCGAAGCCAGUGAUGACCCACUUGUCCUGAAGAGGGGACACCCACUCGCCACUGCAUUUCAGUGACAGUGCAGGACUUCAGCACACAGCCUUCCCCCAGUGCUUGCCCUUCCUUCUCCCAUGGCCACAUCCCCCUGGAAGCUGGAAGAGAGAGGAACAAGUUGCUGAAGUGCAGACACAUGGCCGGAUAAUCAUGAGGACCACAUCUGUUUGGGCAGGAUGCUGCUCUCCUUGUCCCUUCUCACAGUAGAGACAUUGUGAGAACCCGUGGUGGUGAUGCCAGAGGAAGGGUCCCCAUGGUAAAGCACAGUGUCCCAGGGCCAGACGUGCAGCCCAGCACUGGUCCUGCCUCAUCCUCGGGGCAUCGCUUCCUUUCCCUGCACGGGAGCUGCAUUGCGUUGCUCCCAGCGAGCUCUUGGCCAAUGACUCUUUGCACUAAACCCAGUAGGUACAUGCUGAGGCUUCUUGCCUGAAGCAGCUGGGCUCAUAUGGGGGCAGGAGUGAGGUGAGGCUUGUGGGAAGAGGCAGCAGCUUUCACUGGACCAGUGGGAAGAGGGCUUGGGGUCAGUCUGACCAAAGGUGCCUUGUCUCCCUGCAAGGUUCCAUCAGCACCAAGCUCUGCAUAGUCUGCAGAAAAGUCCCCUGGAGGUGUGCCUGUGUCCCCUAGAGGCUGCACUGGCACUGAGCUCCUAGAAGGCAGCAACAGCGCUGCUAGCACCCUCCUACUUACCCAGGCUGGCUGUUUUCCUCCACCUUCUGCUUCCACUAACUGGAGACGGGGGGAGGAGAUUUUUGUUAAAAAUUCAGCUCAGUAUCUGCCUUUACCUUUAGUAUGAAUCUGCAAGGUUUAGCUUUGGUCAUAGCAGAGAACUCACUAUCUAGACAUUAGUCCUGUAGUCAUCCCAGAGCAGUCCUGUGAGGCUGGAGGCUGGAAACCUACCCACUGUGGAUGGAACAAAACCAGUUUUCCUUUUUUAAAAUGAAAUCCUUGUGGCCUAAAGUUCAGAAAGUGGAAAGAGUCACACUCGUUGCAGUGCGACUGCUUUCAUCCACCCCAACUUGCAAGCAGUUGAUGGUACACACACACACGUCCACCCUCCCUGGAGCAUCCGUGGAGGCUCUGCACCAUGCUGGUUUGCAGCUGGUGAGCAGAAAUCCCUACUGAGCUCUGGGCAACGCUGUGGGUUUGCUUUGGUGCUAUGGUUCAGCCCUCACCUCACACACUCUUGCUGUACCCGGUUCCAUCAGUAAGCCAAGUCCUUUCAGGUGGUCAGGCAGACUCUUGACCCUCUAAAGCCCUCCUUGUGAGUCUCAGCAGCGUACAA